AUGAUAGUAACAUCGGACACAUCUUUUCUAAGAAGACAUAAUCUCACAGUAUGGAAAAAAAUUGGCGAAGGAGCGUUUGCCAAAGUUUACUUAGUCAAAUUUGGAAAUCCUGAAGACGAAAAUACAAUGACGAUCGCAACAAAAGUGAUAAACAAGAACCGCGUUUCCGCUAAGUUCGCGGAGAAAUUCUUGCCUCGUGAACUUGAUAUGUUGGUCAAACUGAAGCAUCCGUAUAUUGUGCAGGUGUACAGCAUACUGCAGAACGGAUACAAGGUCUUCAUAAACAUGGAGUACGCGGCGAACGGUGACCUGUUCACAUACCUCCAAAACAAGACCUUGGAGGAGCCGCAAAUUCGAUCAUGGUUUAUGCAGAUCUUGUAUGCGUUCAUGUACAUGCACAGGAUGGGCGUAGUCCACAGGGACCUGAAGUGCGAGAACAUACUACUUACGCACAACUACAACGUGCGUAUAGCCGACUUCGGGUUCGCCAGGUUCGUUGACCGGGGACGUAAUCCUGGCGCGGACACGCCGUGCGGCACGAUCACCUACUCAUCGCCCGAGCUAUUGUCAGGAAAACAACCUUACAACCCGGUGCUCGUGGAUGUGUGGGCGAUAGGUGUCGUGCUGUUCGUAAUGGCCAACAACGCAGAACCGUUCCGAGACAAGAAUAAGAUAGAAAUGCAUAAAAAACAGAUGGCUAAAAAAUAUUCGUUCCGGAGGUCAAAUAUGCGAAGUAGACGACUGAAAGAUCUGAUUGCAACGUUCCUGGAGCCAAACUGCAAUAAGCGAACAAGAUUAAAGGAUGCUUUGCAACAUCCCUGGAUCAAAGAAGGCUAUAUCCAAAUGCCCGAGGAUGUGGUCGCGGCAAACAAUUCAAAUAGACCCAUUUUAAGCAGCAAUCCUGUAAUCUCGCUGAAAUCAUUAAAAGUACCCGGAUUUCGUUACCAGUUAACAGAAUACGUAAAAACGGAUAGCAUUAUUAACGAAGGGUUUGCCGCAUUAAAGAAAAAAUAA